AUGUCAAAUCGAACGAGAACUUCGCGAAGUCGGAGUCGAGAAAGAGAACAACCACAAAGAGGAAAUCGAGAUACGGCAAAGGAUAUCAUUCUCGGAUUGGCCCCAUCAGGCCAAGGCCCUCGAAAACCGAAGACCGGGACAGCACAUCCACCAACAAGGAGACCUCGUCGAACGGCCUCCUCAGCGCCAAUCGUCGUUCAGCAGCCGACAAAAACGAUUGUUGAUCGACGACCCGACAAUAAAGCGAUCGAUCGACUGAAUCAACAAAUCGCCGAUCUACAAAAGCAAAACAAAUCAUUGCUGUCAAAUGAAACGGAAGCUCGACGCCGACUAGAGCGAGAUCAUGAUGACUUGAAGGGUCGACUUCGAACAGCACAAGAAAAUGGAGUCAAAGCCCGAGAUGUCGAUGAUUUGCGGAGAGAAAUGACGGGUAUGGAUGGAAAACUUGGCGGCCUGAAUGGAGAUCUCUCCGGUCUAAAGAGUGCUUUGGAUCGACAGACUCGAGACCUUGCCCAGCUCAGCAACGAGUUGAAACAGAGACCUGUUGUCGAUCCAAAUAAAAUUGCUGACGCUAGCCAAAAACUUGAUGAAAAGGUCAGAGGUCUCGGUGGAACACUUGGACAGCUGCAGAAACAACUCGAGAAAGAACAACAUGAAAGGGAAAGAGCCGAUCGAGCGUCGGCUGAGACAAUCCAACGACUUCAAGAGAUCAUUCGAGAACAAGAUCGACAAAAACAAGAAGUACUUGGGAAUCUCGCAAAGAAGGGAGAUCGAGACAAGGAGAAAUUGAGUGAAGAGACAAAGAGACUCAAUGACAAGAUUCAUCUGAUCACGAAUGAAGUAACAAAAUCAAUGAACGAGAGUCAACAAAAGUUGAGAGACGACAUGAAUAAACGAUUUGCGGCAAUAGAGGCGGCAUUAAAACAACAAGCCGACGUUCAUGCUGCGGUCGAUGAUGAUUUGCGGAGACGGAUGGAAGUCGGCUUUAAAACACAAGCUGAUCAAAUUGAUGCACUUGGAAAAGCUGUACAGAACGAUCGAAAUAAGAACAAGGAGCGCUUCCAAAAAGUCAAUGAGGCUUUGGCCGCCCUUGAGCAUCACCUUGAAUUGGGAAAUAAGAAAUUAGAUAAAAUGGUCACCUCGGAGAUGCAGAAUCGAAAGCUCCAUGAGAAAGGCCUUUUGUCAAAGGUGACCGAAAUUGAGGAAAGGCUCAACGGCCACACAACAGCCCUUCAAAAAUCGAUGGCUGAUGUUGAGAAAGGAAAAGAGAAUGUCAAAGUGCCACAGAUUGAUUUUGAUGCGAUGCGCCGCGAAAUGGAGGCGAUCGCUGCCGACAAGAACAAACUCUCGAUGGAAGGGUUGCUUCUUUUGGAAGAGAAAAUGUCUAAAGUUCAACAAGGGUUAUACAAAGACAAGCGAGAUCUCAACGACAAGUUGGCUGGGAUGACGGACAGUGCUGAAGUGAAUAAGCUGAAGAAGCAAGUCGACAAAUUGGACGAUCUCAAUGAUGAAAUGGAGGAGACACAGGACAGAAUACGGGACAAAGUUGAGAAGCAGAUUCCACAAGAUUUGAACGAGUUGUCCGCGAAAGCCGAUAACAUCAAACAUCAAUUGAACGCUCGAAUCGAUAAAGAAGAAGAGGAGAGAUAUUUGGCUAUAAAAGAGUUGCAAGAGGCCUUUGUAAAGUUGCAGCAAAAUCCAGCGAUCGCUCAGCAAAUAAACAAUGGAGAUCAACAGACACAAGUUGAUGGUCAGUUCCGCCGCGAUUUGGAUGAAUCGAAGAUCGCUAUUAGAAAGUUGGCCGAAUCGGUGACAACGGUGAAGAAUGUUUUGGACAAAAAGAUCACCGAUGAGAUUAAAAUGAGAGAAGCCGACGUGGCUCGUUUAGAUCAAAAGAUUGGUCAAACGCGAACGGCU